AAUGAUAAUAAAGAGAAUGAGAAAUGUGACAUAGAUGGGAAGCGGAUAGUGGCUGAAGAGACUCAUGAAGAGUUUUUAGCAUAUGAUCAAAAUAAAAAACAUAGAAGGCAAAGUAAAGUGGCUAAAAAGACAAAUGAAGAACGUGAGGCAUAUUUGGUGACUGAAGAGGAAGCUUGA